CAAAGCAUUAUUUAACAUGAAAGCAAUGGAUGCCCAACGCAACGGAUGUUCAGUGUUCAUUAGCACUGAAUGAGUAUGUUCAAUCAGACAGUCAACCAAACGUGGCACAUAAUUAUUAAUUAGCAUUCCUUUGAGUGUUUUGGUUGGGACGUGUGUGUUAGGGGUGGGAGAAGAGAUAUGUAAAACGUUAGAAACACCGACAAAACGUUGCCAAGUAAUUUGGGGCUUCUUGUAUUAUUCCUAUCAGCCCUCCCCAGGGCUUCAAAUCUCAAGCUCCCCCCUCAGUGCCAGUAUGCGUCGUUUGAAGUACCGGAGAAAAGAGCCGAGAGUGGCUUGUCCGACCUCCUAUUGGGCGUAAGUCGUUCAUCUGUGCCAUCAAACUUUUCUCGCUAGAUUUCUCAUUCCCUCAUUUGAGACUUCGUCGGAAUGAGAAGAGAAAGUGUCUGUUGUAGAACCUACGAGGAAGUCAUCGGGUAAGGCGAAUGGCAUAGACUUUGGAGAUGUAUGUCGGUGAUGAAGUUAGAGAGCGAAAACCUCGUUUGUUUGGAUCCACACGGCACUAAACUACGGAUGUAGAACUCCAAAUCGAUCUAUUUGCGGAGCAAGACUUAACUCAUGCUGGUUAUAGGUAGAGGAUAUCUUGGGUUUCGGCAGUUUGCGUCAUGACUUCCAGCUAUGCUCAUGUAAUGGACAGACAAGCAACGCUUCCUAACCGACUGGAGUGUCCGAUUACCGCAAAUCAGGAUCAUUUACAGGCUAAGAAGAACUUUUCCGUGAGCCACCUGUUAGAUCUGGAGGAGGCGCGGGAGAUGGUGGGAGCUCAAGCGGAGGAGAGCGCAGGAGAGGCGGGCAGGAGUAUGCUGGAGUCUCCGGGACUGACCAGCGGCAGCGACACGACACAGCAGGACAAUGAGCAACUUAACUCAGAGGAAAAGAAAAAGCGUAAACAGAGACGGAAUAGGACCACGUUCAACAGCAGUCAACUGCAGGCACUAGAAAGAGUUUUUGAGAGGACGCACUACCCCGACGCUUUUGUCAGGGAGGACUUAGCACGCCGGGUCAACCUCACCGAAGCUCGGGUGCAGGUGUGGUUUCAAAAUCGUCGGGCUAAGUUUCGACGAAAUGAACGUGCGAUGCUGGCCAGUAAAAAUGCCUCGUUGCUCAAGUCUUUCUCAGGAGAAGUAACAGCCGUAGAGCAGCCAAUUGUACCAAGACCCGCUCCCAGGCCCAAUGACUACCUGUCUUGGGGCAGCUCACCCUCGUACAGUGCCAUGGCAACUUAUUCUCCAUCAUGUGCUAACAACAACACAGCCCAGGGCAUGAAUAUGGCCAACAGUAUCGCCAACCUGAGACUGAAGGCUAAAGAAUACAGCCUCAACCAGGUACCCACCGUCAACUGAAGUGGUCAACAGGGCUGUCAGAGACUCUGAAGCACAUGUCAGAGAACAACUCCCAAAGUCCCAACAAAGGCUUUCUGUCGCUGGCCCUGUACUAUUGACAUAAAUGUAAAUUUUCUUCUGUCCUCCUUUUUGUGUCUUUAUUCUUAUCCAUCAACUUUCAAAGGAAAGGAAGCAAAGAGAACUUCCCCAAAGUACCAAGAUUUCCUAAAGCAAUGAUUUACAUAAGGCUGUCAUGUUCUUGGCAUGUGGAAAAAUGACAUGUUGGAAAAUUCAGUUUUGGAAAGCACAAAAUGGAAACUUUUUCUGUUUGCACUCACUGUGGCAGCAAGAGUGUGGUUAUCUCAUUUGAAGAGGGUGGCUUACAGUAGAGACUGCAACCCACCACAGGGAUUUGAUGACUUCUGUGGAAUUCAAAUGCGACAAUCAUGUGGACAUCUGGGAGGUUUUUGGGACUUCCCCUUGAUUUCUCCUUGGACUUCAUAGCCAUGCACUGAGGCCACAAAACUGAGAUUUGGAUGUUUUGAUUAUUUGGAACUGGGUAAAAUUUUGCUCCUUUAUCACAUACUCUAAAAUCAUCUUUUUUCUAGUUUAUACUAAUGACAUGCACAGGUUAUUUGUUCACUGUGGCAUUUACAGAAGUGUAGCCAUGUUACAUACAGUACACUAUGUAAGUAAUUUUGACAUCUCUUUCAUGAGUCUGGAGUCUAGUUUUGAUUUUACCCAUUUAUAUUGUCUAAAUAUAUCUGUAAUAUCCCUUUGCAAUAAAAAUGUCCUAGCAGUGUAAUGGCAUUGCAUUUCAGGGUUAGUGUUUUGUAGCUCAGAGGCAAUCUCAAAGUGUCCUCAAAAGGUUUAAUGGCCUUAUCAGUCCCUGAUGAAUACUUUUACAUCACUGCCACAACUGACCACACUUUUAUGUUUAAGUAAGAGUUCACCCAAAAAUGAAAAUUCUGUCAUCAUUUACUCACCCUCAUGUUGUUUCAAAACCAUUGGCUGAAUCUAAAGGCCCGGGUAUACUUUGUUUUUCUGCUUUCCGGAUCGCCUGGCCGACCGCGUUGCCUUCAGAGUAUACUUUUCUGACAGCGAGCAAAUACAAACGCAUUCAAUGCAUGCACACAACUAUGGUUUGUGAUACUCUUUUAGUACAGUCAAUGGCCGGUGCAUGCGUCAACAAUGCGCAGAGACGAGGGCCGUGUCCGUAGGUCAAGAAAAUCUGGGUGGCGCGGCUGUGCUGAUGAUGAAAUUUGCGUCACGCAUGUUGUGCGUGGAAUGAUCCGCAACGCAGACAUCUGAAGUAUACAAAAGAGAGUGACUCACUUUAAUGCUUAAUAAAGUACCUAAAAAUGUCAUAAAAGUAGUUUAUACAUCUAGGGGCAGUGGUGGCUUGGCAGUUAAGGCUCUGGGUUACUGACUAGAUGGUCAGGGGUUCAAGCCCCAACACCGCCAUGAUGCCACUGUUGGGCCCUUGAGCAAGGCCUUGACCCCAUCUGCUCCAGGGGUGCCGUAUCAUGGCUGACCCCGCGCUCUGACCCCAGCUUAGCUGGGAUAUGCGAAAAAUCACUGUCACAACUGCUAUGUUGCUCAGAACUGCACCCAAGAAUUUCACACACUAUUGCACUUGUGUGUAUGGUUGUGUGACAAUAAAAGUGAUUUGAUUUGAUUUGAUAUUCCAAGUCUAUUGAAGACAUACGAUCACUUUGUAUGAUAAACAGACUGUUUAGUUAUUUUUUCUCUCAAAUCAAAUGUUAUCAUUGAAAAGCUAUGCAAAAGCACUGAAUCCAAUAUGGUGGUAAUGUCGAUAACAUCAAACCUCACUGGUGCUUGCGUGUCUUGUGACCAAAUGUCAAAACAUCAUGUCAAAUGAGUAAAUGAUGCAGUGAUUAAAUGAGGACAGAAUUUUCAUUUUUGUGUUAACUAUUCCUUUAAUGUGUAAUGUUUUCGAUGUUAAAAUACUUUCUCUUAUCCCAGUUUAUUAUUCAAAGAUAAUUACAAGUAAGCCAUUCAUAGGUUGAUUUCCCAGAAAAAUUUCAGCACUGUGGCUCUUUUUGGGCACGAUUAUCUGUUUAUGCGGCAGACAGGGGGAGUGUUUAAAUAAAGCAAGCAUUAUUUUUGCUAUUUUUUUUUAUAUAUUUUUUUUGCAACCUUUAAAGAUUUACAAAUGUGUUUGCGUACAUAGACAACUGCAUAUAUCAUGUGCAUAGCCACAGAGGAAGUCUUUUAGAAAAAAAAAAUAGAUGAAACACAUAUCCCCACUAUUGGCCCAUUAAAUUUACACCAUGAUGCAGUUGGAAGAGAGGCAGAUGAAAUUAUUCAUUGUGGGAGUCACUGAAACAUAAGUGCAGAUGUUCUGUAGGCUUUUAAAAACGCAAAACUUCGAUCUGAGGGCUCCCGUACAAAGGUUGUUACUCAUUUCCACUCUCUGUGUGAACAUUUACCUUCAAACUGUUAAACAACUCUACAUCGGGACUCCUGGGUGCUUCAUGAGAAAUGCUAGAAAGCUGAGAAAUUCCUGUGGCUCCUUUCCUCUAUCCAUCCGCUUGUUUUCACCCUCGUCCUUUUCCUAAGAUAAACAAAGAAAGAAAAUUACAAAAUGUAGCUAAUCAAGCCAGUCAGUUACAAUGAGAUUCAAACACUUCCAGCACUGAUGUUCUUCCCCUGCCAACUAUCAUCUCAUUAAAAUGCUUGUGUAUUUGCUUUGGGUAUGAAAACCUUUCAACGGUCGAAGAGAAAAAUCAGCUGACAGGAGCACUCUGAAAAACAGCCUCUGCGUUUUACUACCUGAUGAUGGACUCUUUGGUGUUGCCUGGCGAACUUUGAUUCCUUUAAGCCGUUUUCAGGGCCAGCGCUGUUAAAUUUUUGUUGAAGAGAAAUGUUUUCUUUCAAAACAGGCUGUUUAUGGCACAGGAAGCACUCAUUUGAGUUUAAGUGGCCACAGGCUGUUUUAGAAAUGUUGACACUGGCUUGUUUAUGUACCUGAUGGCUCCCUUGGUCUGCUGAUUACAUGUGACCUCAGGUAACCUCAGAGACAGUCAAUCGGAGGAAGGGGGCAUGCUGGUGAGUUGUUUUUCUUUUCAUCUGUGUUUCAGCUCCGUAAAGAAAUAUGUCGGCUGUCAUCACUGUAAAGUAAUUCUUUAAAUUCAGUCCAACAACUUGAUUAUAUCUUGUUUAGUGGAAUAAAAUUAGAUUGUUGCCUUUUGAAAUUCUCAGAUAUGACUAGGUAGAACAUGAUUUUGAUGUUCUUAAAGGGACAGUUAACCAAAAAAUGAAAAUU